AUGGAUUUGAGCAAUUUAGAUUUUACCAUUCCAAAUAAGGAUUCUAAUGUCUUAUAAUAAUAAUAGAUCAAAAUUGCAAUCACUGAAUUGAAGAAUAAUACAUUAUCGAUGAUCAAUAACUUACAAGAUUAAUAUCAUCAUCUAUAGAUUACAAUUGAACAUAUUACUCAAUUAUUAAGUGAUAACAUAAUUAGAUUAAAUGAAAUCAUUUCCAGUCUAGAAAACAAUGUUUUAGAAGAUAAUUUGUUGUCAUAAAUAGUAGAAUGUUAUAAUUACUAAAAAAAUUAGAGCUUAAUAUCACAAGAAAAUAAAUUUGGUAUUUAUGAAAAAAUAUUAUUAGGAUAAGGAUUAUUCAAAGCAUAUGAAUUACUUAAUGCUUUGGAAAAUCUAAAUAAUAAUUAAUUUUAUUGUUUAGAACAUAAAAAAUAUAAUAAUAUUUUUAAAAAAGGUACUCGAAUUUAAAAAUUUUAGAGAUUGAACUAUUAAAUAAUAAAAAAUGGGAAGAAGCACAUAUGAUUUUAGAAAAAAGAAUUAUCUAAAUUAAGAAUAUACUUUCCUAUGCUUAAUAUUUUAAUAGUAUACUAUCGAUUUAUUUAGGUAUGUCCUUAAUGGAAUUAAAUUAACCAGGCAAAGGAAUUAAACUAAAAGAAAAAUCUUAAAAGAAUAACGGAAAUUUAAUUGAAGAUAUAUCUAAAGAAACUGAUUAAUUUUUAGAGUAUAAUAACUCCAAUAAAUUUAUCAAUUUAUUCAUUAAAUGUAGAAUAGAAAAUUUAAUAUAAAGGUUUGACUCUAGAGGAUCAAAACAAUUUUGAAUUAGCAAUUCAGAUUUCUGAUUAGAUCUUAUAAUUAGACUAACUUAAUAUUCAAGCAUUAUAUAAAAAAUGUUAAUUUAAAAUUAAAUAAUAGCAAAGUUUUUAGUAAAUUUGGAAUAGACAUAAAAAGCAAUACCGUUGAUAGAUCAAGUUUUACAAAUCAAUCCCAACUAUGUGCUUGCUAUUAAUUUAAAAGGUAUUUGAAUUUAUAUAAAUUAUAAGGAGUAAUCUUAGAAAAACAACGAUGCUUUGAAGAAUCAAUUUAAUAUUUUGAUAAGGCAUUUAAUAUUGAUAACUCUUUUGUAACAGCUUUAUUUAAUAAAGGUAGAAAUUAUAAUUUAGUUAGGUGGGUGCUUAUAAGAUUUGGAAAAUAAUAAUGAAGCUAUUAAAUGUUAUGAUUUGUUAAUUAAAAUUAAUCCAAAAAAUUAUUUAGCACAUUAUAAUAGAAGUUCAUAAAUAGUUCAAAUAUAUAGGCAUAACUUUAGUUGAUCUUUAAAGAUAUGAGGAGGCUCUAACUAGUUAUGAUCAAACCAUCUUUUUAAAUCCUAAUUAUUUAUCUGCAUAUUAUAAUAAGGGUAUAAUUUGAUUGUAAUUAGGGAUUGUUUUAAACUCACUUAAGAGAAAUAAGGAAGCAAUUUUGUGUUUUGAUAAGGUUAUUUCUGUUGAACCCAAUCAUGCUAAAUCAUAUUUAAAUAAAGGUAUGAUGAUUGCUUCUCUAAGGCUAUUCAUUAUCUGAUCUUGGUUAAUUCAAUGAGGCUUUGGAACAUUAUGAAAAAGCAAUAUAAAUUGAUCCUUUGUUCUUAGAAGCGUAUUACAACAAAGGUAUAUGUUAUUUCCAUUACUUUAGGAAUUUUGUUUGAUGAUUUGAAAAAAUAUGAAGAUGCAAUUAGAUGUUAUGAUGAAGUUAUUAAACUUGAUCCAAAUGAUUCUUAAUCUUAUUAUAAUAAAGGUCUAAUAAAUAAAAGAUUAUAAUAGCUAUUUCUUUACAAAACUUGAAAAGAGACGAAGAAGCUAUAUUGUGUUAUGAUAUGGCUAUAAAAUUAAAUCCAUCAUAUGAUAAUGCUUACAAUAAUAAAGGUUUUCUUUAAUUUAGAUUUAUAGGGCUUUUACUAGAAAAACUUGGCAAGAAAAAAUAAGCAAUCUAAAAUUACAAAGCAGCAAUAAAAAAAUGUAUAAAAGACUAAACUAUUUUUUCGAAACGAAUAAAGAGAUUAAAAAACAAAUAGUGA